AUGAUAUUUGUAUUUUAUGCUAUAUUAUCUACAUUGAUUUUAGCAGAAUCAACAAAAAAUGAAACAACAAGAGAUUAUUGUUCUCUUCCUGAUGCAAUCUAUGCAGAUGGAGUUUCUGCAGCUGAUUUUGGUGCUACCGGAUGGAGUUAUGCUAACGCUGAUAAUUGGGCAGGUCUAACAAUAAAUUAUUUAAUUUAGAUCUUGUUGUUACAUGUGGAGGUAGUUUCUAAUCGCCUAUAGAUAUUAUUACUAGUGGAACUACUUAAGAAUCUAUUUAACCUUAAAUUAACUACAAAAGUAAAGAUGCCGGAGUUGGAUAUGAAGAAGCAAACAGUAAUAUUUUGAUGACAUAAUUUUAGAACCAUAUACCAAAGAAUAUGAAGGAGAAUAUUCAGAAAUUGAUGUAACUGAUGCAUCAGGUUCUGUUUAUCGAUAUUAUGCCAAAUAAUUUCAUAUACAUACACCAUCAGAACAUACCAUAGAUGGAAAAUAUUUUGAUUUAGAAAUUCAUUUUGUUCAUCAAGUAAGUUUAUAAAUUAUUUUAGGCUAUACAAGAUGAGGAAUAAGACUGUAAUAAAGUUAAAAAUAAACUUACUGUUUUUGGUUUAAUGUUUUCAGAGUAACCAAAUGCAGCAGAUUAUGAAGCAUUUAAACCAUGGUUUGAUUCAAAUGCUACUGGAGAAGUCGAUUCUUUUGAUCUAAAGUAACAUUUUAUUACUCAAAAUAGUGAUUUUUUCUCCAAAAUGUCCGAUGUGACCUAUUAUCAUUAUAAUGGAAGUUUAACAACGCUUCCAUGUUCAUAAACUGUUAAUUGGGUUGUAUUCUAAUAACCGUUACCAAUAUCUACAGCCUAAUUGAAACAAUUCUAAGAUUUCCUUAGUGAUUCUACUCUCUUUCCAAUUAAACACAACAAUAGACCAAUUUAACAUCUAAAUGGAAGAAAGAUUUUGAAAGGAGUAAUUAAUAUUGACGAAUAUAAUUAGACUGCCAUUACUGCAGGUGUAACUGAGAUACCAGAUGUUGAAGCAUCUUUUGCUUAAACACUUUUCAUGGCUAUUUUGAUGAUCAUUUUGAUAUAAUGA